CCAGCGAUCUCGGUCGUACAUUACUUUAUCUGGUAAUUUGUGGAGCGAGAUCUCUUGGUUACGUAUGGUAUCUCAUCUUUUUGAGUGCUCAUCACGGCGCGAUCUAGGUUACAAAGUCAAGCUUUCGUCGCUCAGAUUCUAAUUGUCUUGACUUGAUAUUAGUACUCCCACAUGUCUCUAUUCAAAUGGAGUGCAUGCUCUUAGUUUGUUUCCAAAAUUUGACAGACUAGCCAUACUUCCUCUCAUCGUAUUACCAAAAUGCAUAUUUUUCUCAUCGUUGCGUCGCUUAUUCCGAUCUUCGUUUCCGCUACUACUCACCAGUUGAUCGUGGGCUCAUUUGGAACUAAUUUUCUAUACACCCUCGAAUUCGACGAUGAAGCUCUGACAUUAGACCUCAUUUACACGACAAAUACGUCUAUAUCCAGUUCGUGGAUUGCCCUUAGCUAUGAUAAGAAGAACCUCUACGGAACCGGGUGGGGCUCCAGCACUCCGUCAUUUGUUAGUUAUGCCCUGGGAGGGGGAACGAACAUUCAAUACAGCACAACCUUGCCUCUUGGCGGAAACUGCUCUAGCACUACUAAACCUAUCUUCAUCGUCGCAGAAACCAAAAAGCCGUAUACCGUGUAUGGCGUCCCUUUCGGUGGAUCCGCAGGCUGCGGUAGCGUCAUGUCCGUUGACAAGAAUGGGGCUUUGAACCAGGUCAUUCAAAACCUUACCUACUUGUCUACUUCCGGUGUGCAUGGGAUGGCCUUGAAUGCCGAAAAUACCUUCAUUUACUCGGCGGAUGACUCUGCCAAUUCGAUUUGGACACACGCCGUUGAUCCUACAUCUGGUGAGCUGGAAUUUGUGAGCAGGCUAGGUGGGCCAAGCACUGGGAGCGAUCCUCGACAUGUCGCAAUUCAUCCGAACGGAAAGUAUCUCUACGUGUUGUUGGAAGGGAGUAGCCAAGUGGCGCUUUAUAGCAUCGACCCGUCUUCUGGGAUUCCGAGCUAUACAAAUAUCACGUAUCCGCUGAUCCCGUCAAGUGCUUUAGCAUCGGAUUACUGGGCCGAUGAAGUCAUGCUCUCCGCAUCAUCCAAAUACCUCUGGGCCACAAAUCGAGGUCGCUCCAACACAACUCUCGGCUACAUAUCUGCAUUUUUGCUUGCAAAUGACGGGUCCAUAUCCAAACAGCUGUUUCUCACGGAAACAACGAAUAGCGGUGGGUCUGCGAAUGCGGUAGCGACUAGCGACUUCAGUGAUGAAUGGGUCGCGUUGACGGAUAGCUCGGUGGGGUUUGUGCAGAUUUGGAGGCUGAGCGGAAAUGGGACUGUGGCGAAGGUUGUGGCACAGUUGAAUAUUCACGAUGGGGGGUGUUGUGCGAAUGCUGUUUGGUAUUCUUGAAUAUUUUGGCUCAAGUGCAGUGUACUCUUGCAUUUUGAAUAUACAAACAUAUUAUUACUGCGAUUAUGGAUCUGCACUAGCGAGAAGGGGAGAACCUUGGGGUCCAAG